AUGUUUUAUAUCUUUGCUCUGUUGCUUAUCGCUGAAUCUGAAAUCAUGACUGGGACAGAUGCUAUAGAAGAAUCUAAAAGGGAUGAGAACUUGGAUCCGGCCAACCCAACCCCGGUUCCUGCACAGUACUCUUCGUCCGCCUCUACCCUGGUGUCUCAGGCGUCUUCUAAAGCUGCAUCGGAGCUAAGCAGGCUUUGUACCAAACAAAUGAUCUGCUUCUUAUACGCCAAGGCUGCCUUGCUUCAAGCGGGGCGUCAAUACCCUGACAACAACAUCAGGGAGUACACAAAGUAA